AUGCGCAGGACUAUGGAACAGCUGUGCCUAAGACGCGGCAUUCCCAACAACAAGGAGACUCGCAAAAUGUUUCAAGCCGUCGUCUUUACUUGCUGGGGUACUUCAAAACCCAGUGGCCGUUUGGCCUACUCCUUGUCGGAGGUCCUUUCCAACGGAUUCGAGAACCACAUCAAUCUUUUGGUGGCAGCCGCAAGCUUGGGAUACCUUGAAGUUGUCAAAAAUGUGGUCGAAGAGUUAUUCGAAAGGGCUGAAAGGCUCCUGGCCCCAGAUAGACCCAGGCGUGGUAUAGUUUGGCUGAGAGAAGGUUCAGACUUUGGCUCGCCCUUUCGGAUUGCUGCGGAGAAGGGGCACUAUGAAGCCGUGGAGUACCUCCUUCAGAAUCUUUCAAAAUUCUGCCGCUAUCGCGACCACGAUCACCCCGUUGUGAAGGAGGUAAUAAUUGAAGCGGCCAAAUCCUGCAAUUCCAAGAUGCUUCGACUUUCGCUGGAAACACCCGAUCUUUGCCAGAAGACUGAGAACGACGAACUUAUCCCAUUCGAAAAUUAUGGGCCUAUUCCAUCAUUGGACUGUGGGAAUGCGCCCACUGGUGUGACUGGCAAGGAUGUUUUUAUUCAGCUCUGGUAUCUCAUCACUAAGAGACGCACAACAGAGUUGCCCUUUCAGUUCACAUUGGAUGUCAAGCCACCUACACUUUCUUCUCUCCUUGGUCAUGUGAAUAACACCGUUUCUUUGGCAAACAAACUCAUUGACGGGAAAAGUUCGUGCGAGUCUGGUUCCGCUGCGCCCCAGCAAGAGAAUGGAAUCCUUACUCCGGAACGCUUGCCGCUGGGGAACGCCGGACAUGGUCAAACUUCUUCUCGCCAACAACGUUGA